AUGAUCAAUGUUCCGGAACAUAAAUGCCUUACGACUCUUCUUAUUAUACCAGUUUAUAUAUUUUUUACACAAGUUGGGUGGAUAGUUGUUAUAUUAGUAUUUGUUUUUAGCAAGCGAAAAGAUGUUAAAGAUGUUGGAGUAAAACUGGUAGAUGUAGAAGAGAAGAAUAGGUGUGAUGAUAUUCAUCCUAAAACUUCUUUAACCAGUAAUGCUGUACCAAUUGCGGAUUCACUGGCAAAACAGACAACUUCGAACAUUACAAACAUCAAACAUAAUGACGCACCUAAUCCAGAAGUUAUUUCUAAUUUUUUUAACACGUUGAAAAUGAAAAAAGUUACCAAUAUUUCCACACCAGAAAACAAGAACACUAAUAUUUUUACACCAGAGAAAAAGGACUCUACUAUCUUUAUAUCAGAGAAAAAGGGCACCAAUAUUUUUACGUCGGAGAAAAAGGGUAACAAUAUUUUCAUGCCAGAGAAAAAAGACAUCAAUAUUUUCGCGCCAGAGAAAAAGGAAAUCAAUAUUUUCACGCUAGAAAAAAAGGACACCAAUAUUUUUAAGCUAGAGAAAAAGGAUGCCAUAGAGAAAAAAGACUGUAACAUUCAUACGACAGAAACGAGCGGUAACAUCUUUGAUAAAGGUUGUAAGUGUAAUCGUACAUAUAUUAAAUCCAUUCCGACAGAAUUGACAGAAGAAGAUAGACUUCUUGAAAAUAUUGAAAAUAUUGAAAAGAUUGAAAAUACAUUUGUUCAUGGUAUUAUUUCAGAUAGUUACUUUGAUUAG